GCCAGUAUAAAAACCUUCGAGUUGAGAAAAGGGGGGAGAAAGAAAAUGUACUUCUGAUUCAGCUGAAUAGGCCUAGAGCUUUCAAUGCUCUCAGCGAUGCUUUGAUAUCUGAGCUGAGUUGCGCCCUUCAGGAUGCGGAAGCUGAUAAAGAUGUAGGUGCUGUAGUCCUAACUGGCAGUGACAGGGCCUUUUCAGUUGGUGCAGAUAUUGCUGAAAUGAGCAAGAAAACCUAUCAGUUGCUUGUUGAAACUGAAUUCCCUAACUUUGAAGUUGUUGCCAAGACCAGAAAGCCCAUUAUGGCAGCCGUUAAUGGAUAUGCACUUGGAGGAGGGUGUGAGCUGGCACUGAUGUGUGAUAUUAUUUAUGCUGGUGACAAUGCUCAGUUUGGACAGCCAGAAGUAGCAAUAGGCACUAUACCAGGUGCUGGAGCAACACAGAGGUUGGCAAGAGUUAUAGGCAAAUCAAAGGCUAUGGAGAUGAUACUCACAGGAAACCGGCUAUCUGCCCAAGAAGCUGAAAGAGCAGGACUGGUCAGUAAAGUGUUUCCUUCUAACGAGCUUGUUGAGAAAACUGUGAAGACUGCAGAGAAGAUUGCUGGAUUUUCUAAAACUAUUGCUGCUCUUUGCAAAGAAUCAGUUAAUACAGGUUAUGAUCUGAGCUUGGCAGAAGGAACUCACUUUGAGAAAAGACUUUUCCAUGCAACAUUUUCAACUCGUGACAGAAAAGAAGGUAUGGCAGCAUUUGUUGAAAAACGAUCACCGUCUUUCAAGGACUGCUGA